CCUGGGCGCACACUUGCUGCCAAACCAUGACUGGAGUCAGGAUGGUGGAAGACGUAGCUACCGCUUCCAGUUACAGAGAUUUCCAAGUGGAACACAUGCACCUCGAUCUUCAGGUGGAUGUGGAAGCUCGGAAGCUUCGUGGAUUGGAGAGGCUGAAGCUGCGCGUGUUGCGAGAGACCAGGGAGCUGAGACUGGACUCUCACCCGACCCUUCAGGUGUUCAGUGUCCGGACGGCUGGGACGCCUCAGGAAGAUCUGCCCUGGGAGAACAAGCCUUUCACACGCUAUGGCAGCUGCCUUGUGGUCCGCCUGCCCGAGCUAUUGUCACCUGGAGCCCAGCUUGUAGUUACCAUCGAGUAUGAAGCCAAUGAAAGCCCAGGGGUAUGCUGGCUAGAACCACAUCAGACAGCUGGCAAGAAGAAGCCUUACAUGUACACGCAGGGCCAGGCUGUUCUGAAUCGCUGUUUUUUCCCAUGCUUUGACACACCUGCUGUUAAAUCUGUAUAUUCUGCAAAUAUCAAGGUACCUGAGGGUUUUACAGCCAUUAUGAGCGCUAAUAACUGGGAUCGCCAAGGUGACACCUUCAUCUUCAAUAUGACACAGCCCAUUCCUUCAUACUUGGUGGCUCUAGUUGUUGGAGACAUUGUGUCGGCAGAAGUAGGACCUAGGAGCCGGGUCUGGGCAGAACCGUGCCUGAUAGAAGCUGCAAAAAAGGAAUAUGAUGGUGUUAUAGAAGAGUUUCUCAGUGUUGGUGAGAAGCUCUUUGGACCCUAUGUGUGGGAUAGGUAUGAUGUUUUGUUUAUGCCACCUUCCUUUCCUUUUGGUGGCAUGGAAAACCCAUGUAUUACUUUUGUAACCCCCUGUCUACUUGCUGGUGACCGAUCCCUAGCAGAUGUCAUUAUCCAUGAGAUUUCACACAGCUGGUUUGGUAACUUGGUAACCAAUGCCAACUGGGGUGAGUUCUGGUUGAAUGAAGGCUUCACAAUGUAUGCCCAAAGAAGGAUCACCACUGAGCUAUAUGGUUCUGCAUACACCUGCCUGGAAGCUGCAGCAGGUAGAGCACUGCUACGUCAGCAUAUGGAUGCAUCAGGAGAAAACCACCCCCUGAACAAGUUACGAGUCAAGAUAGAGCCUGGAGUUGAUCCAGAUGACACUUAUAAUGAGACUCCAUAUGAGAAGGGAUAUUGUUUUGUCUCAUACCUUGCACACCUCACUGGGGAUCAGGCCACAUUUGAUUCGUUCCUAAGGGCAUAUGUUGACAAAUUUAAGUUCCAAAGCAUAACAGCUGAGCAAGCUCUAGAGUUUUAUUUGGAUUAUUUUCCAGAGUUACAGGCCUGUGGAGUUGAUAAAAGAGCAGGUUUGGAGUUUGACCGUUGGUUAAACACACCAGGAUGGCCUCCAUUCCUACCAGACUUGUCUCCUGGUGAUGCCCUUAUGAAGCCAGCAGAAGAAUUGUCAGCUCUAUGGGCAUCAACCCCUUUGGACAUGGAAACUAUUGAAAAAGUAGAUAUCACACAGUGGAAAACAUAUCAGCUAGUAUACUUCUUGGAUAGAGUCCUAGAGCGUUCACCCUUGCCUAGUGGAAACAUAGAAAUAUUAGGGAAGUACUACCCAAAGAUAUCAGAAGCCACCAAUGCGGAGCUACGACUGCGUUGGGGCCAGAUUGUAUUGAAGAAUGACCACCAACCACACUUCCACAAAGUCAGGGAGUUCCUGCACAGUCAGGGGAAGCAGAAAUAUACAUUGCCAUUGUACCGUGCAAUGCAAGCUGGCUCAGAAGCCACUCGUGCCUUGGCUAGAGAGACCUUCAGCCAAACAUCCCAUCAGCUUCAUUUCAACGUGCAGAAUUAUGUGAAGAAGAUACUAGGGAAUGGUCAAGGAUAAACCUGAUUUACUCUGCUUGUGUUAGAACGAGAGAGGAGUCAGGAGCAGACUUCGGGGAAUAGAUGCAUUCAGAAUUGCAAGGCUUUUUUUCCUCUGUUUUCUCAAGCUUCUUUCUCAAGAUCUUAUGGGUUAUCAGAGCGACAUGUGGCUAAUUAUAGAAUUCCUCCAGAAAACAAUAUAAAAUCUUAAUUAAAACUGAAAAAAACAACGAAGAUUGUUUAAAUGUGGCUAUAAUGUUUAUACAAAAAAAAAAAAACUAUCAAGGGGUAUGGUGUAAUAUCUCUGUGACUAGCCAGAUCUCCAAAAUCUUGUAAACUAAGGAUCUGGCAUAGAGUUUACCUAAGUUAGUGAUGAAAAACUUGAUGCAUGUUUCACUAGUGGCAUGACACUACCUCUUCUUACAAAUCAUAAAAAAUAAUGUGAUAGUAAUGACGCUUCCUGAAUUGGAUAUCAUGAGAUCGCUGUGCUGUCUUUAUAAGAUGUGGAUACAGAGUUACCAAUCAACCUAUUGACAAUAAUUGGUGUGUUCCAAAAAUAGGACAUAGGCACAGAUUGACCAGAUGUCCAAAUAAAAAAAAAGAGAGCGAGGCAUUCAGCGACACUGAACACUCACCCCAGGACGUCCUGUUACUGCUCCAGAGAACAUUUGAAAAUAUGCAGUGAUGUCACCACCAGAGGAACCAUCCAGUUCCAGCAAAA